AUAAUUGGAUUAAGAUAUGCAGAUGAUAAAUAGAACAAAAAAAAAUGUCUUUUUUUUCCGUACCUGGUAACCAGAGAAUCUAAAUCUUGCAAACUUUGGAUUAUCGAUUUUGUCAAUCAAUCGACAUCUGAUUCGAUUAAUGUUGAUCAAUGUUAAUGUCACCAGGAUUUAGAUAGAUGUGAUUGAUUCUUGUGUUUCUGAUCGGACAUUUUCAAUUAAUCAUCAAUACCAGUAUUUUGAGCGAACAAAAAAAAAAUUUUUGUGUGCCAAUAAUCAAGAUAACGAAUAAACUUUGUUACUUUGUUUUUUUUUAUAAAUCAAAAAACGAUGAAUCGAAAAAAAUUCGGUUCAUUUUCACCAACACCAAUUAUAGUUGAUCAAAAUCCAACAAUUAUUCACAAUGAUGAUGGUUCUAUCAAUUCUUUUGGUAGUGAUUCCAAUCAUCGUCGUUAUUCAACUCAACUUCAACCAAUCAAUGAAGAAAAUGGUUCAAAUAAAUCAUCACCAACAAUACCAUCUGGACAAUAUUUAAAUCUUCAACAAUCAAUCAAAAGCGGUACUUCGAAAAUGAUCGGUAAUGGCCGUUCAAUUGUUGUUCCAAAUUCAACCAAUAAUCUUGAUCAGAAUGGAAAAGGUUUUACGAAUCCAGCAUAUGAUAAUUACGGUGAUACAGAUGAAAGUGACAGUUACGAUGAAACAACUAUCAAUGAACUACAACAACAACAACAACAACGUCAUCAACCCAUGUAUGCUAACAAUAAUGCAAAACGUAUGGCACGACAAGUAUCGUUCGAUCCGGAAACACCAAAUCAUAAAAAUCAAUCGAAAAUUAGCCAACCAUUUUCAGAUCGAACGAAAGUCAAAAAAACAAAUUCAAAUGAUUCAAUAAAAUCGGGUUCAGAUAAAGAUGGAAACAAUAAUCAAUCGAACAAUAAACAAGAAACAAAAGAAAAACCGCCUGAAUGGGAUCGUUUCAUAACGGAACCACCACCGGAUGAAGAUGAAACACAAAAAAGUGAAUGGGUUGAAGUGGCUAUUCGAUGGUUAAAAUUAUUUGCAUAUUUCUUUACAUUCAUCAUGGUAUUAUUAUUGUCUGUCUGUUCGAAAACAUUGAUACUUUUGAUGACAUCGAUGAUAAACGUCAAUCAUACAGUCACUAUUUGUAAUAAUGAUGAUCAUUUUGAAAUUGACCCACCAUUGGAUCAUGAUAAACCAUAUAAUGUAGUUUAUCAUAGGGAUUCAAUCACAAGAAUUGCUUGGGUAUGGUCAUUAUAUUUUGCUGCAAUUUCACCAUAUUUUUUUGCAUUUGGUCGAAGUGUUCGUAUUACUUAUUUUAAAAAGUUUAAAUUUCCAAAAAUUCAGACCAUGUUAACGGUAUUUGUCGCCGAAACUCUUCAUUGUAUUGGAUUGUCAAUAUUUUUGUUUAUAUUGCUACCUGAAAUGGAUGUUAUACGUGGUGCAAUGAUCAUGAAUAGUGUUUGUUUCCUUCCGAGUGUUAUACGUUUGUUGGUGGAUCCACCACCGCCACCAAAACAACUGGAUUUACCUUUUAGUCUUGAUAUACGGCAAUCAUUUCAAUCGACAGAUGGAUCAAGUAUUUUUGAGGAUUCAUUUAGCGAUGAAUUUGAAGAUUCAACUGGCCGAGCUAAAUCAAAAUUUGAACAUUUAAAAUUAGCCUAUAAUCGAUGGUUAGCAUGGAUCAAUUUUUCUUUACAAACAUUGCUUAUAAUCUGCUGGACAGCAAUCAGUGCUUAUGAUAAUUAUAAAUAUAAUGAAUGUGAACAUUUUUAUCUCAUUCCGAUUGCUAUGAUUCUGGUUUCGUUUGAAUGGUGGGAAAAUUAUGUUGUACCGGAUGCAAUGAAAAAAUUUUCAAUGUUUUUAAGCAAUGCUAAAAAUGAUUUAACCAAAAGUCGAUAUUUUGUUUUCGCCGUAAUUUCACCAUGGAAAAUUUUAUUUAUAUUUGCAUUGAUGAUAAUGAAUGAACAUUAUGGUAAUGGUUCGGAUACAACACGUAUGAUAUUUAAAAAUUUUACCGAUUCUUUUCAAUCGGAUAUUGUUUCGAUUAUUCGUGAUAAAACAAAUUUUGGUGGACAUGUUAUAUUGGAUACCGAUCAACAUGAACUACAUGUUGAUACAGCAUUAUGGCCCGUUUGGAUUCUUGUGGCACAUGUUUUCAUAACAUAUUUAGCAUAUGCAUUUGCCAAAUUUACAUGCAAAGUUUGUUUCCAAUCAAUCAGUUUUGCUGUUCCGCUUUGUCUUACUGUACCAUGUACCGUAUCCGUAUUAUGGGCAUUGAAUAGUAUUGCACUUCAAGAUAAAUGUCAAUUAGUAUCGAUAUUUAAACCAUUUCAAUAUAUUUUCUUUAAUGAAGAAGAAACACAUGUAUUCAAAUUUAAUUGGUACAAUGCUAUCGUUGCAUUUAUAUGGAUGAUAAGUUUUAUUAAUCAAGUGUUGAAUACUUUACAUAUCUGGAAAGAAACAAGUGAACGAUUAGCAUCAACAGAACAAUUGUUUGUUAGUCCAAUGUACAAUACUGUAAUGAUUGAUCAAUCACUUUUAAUGAAUCGUCGAUGUUUAAAAUUAAUAUAUGCACCAGAAGAUGAAGAUCGUGGUGAAGAAUCAACAACAAACAAAGAUGUUGAACAACAACAAUCUAAGAUCGAUACAAAAGAUCCAUUGAAACCGCAAGUAAAUCUAGAAAAUAAAUUGGAUGGAGAAUUACCUCGUACAUCAUAUAAUCCGAUGUAUGAUUGGAAUAAUCAUGUAGAUGGUAUGAUGAAUCAAUCAAAAUCAUCAGAAAACAAUAUCGAAGAUGAUUGGACUAAGGAUUGGCGCCGUGUUUGUGAGAUUAUGGGCGUUGAAGAAGAUUCGAUUGAUGCCAAAACAGAUCCAGCUGACGAUGAAACGAUUAGAAUUUAUAUCUGUGCAACUAUGUGGCAUGAAGAUGAAAAUGAAAUGUUUCAAAUGUUGAAAGCUGUUAUGCGUUUGGAUUAUGAACAAGGAUUGCGACGAAUAGCCAAAAAAGAAUUUGGUGAUGCCGUUAAGAAAACAAUCUACGAGAUGGAGGUGAACAUUUUCUUCGAUGAUGCAUUCGAACAAGGUAAAGGUGAUGAUGUAGAUGAUCGAGUCAUCAAUCGUUUUGUUGAACAAUUAAUCGAUACGAUCGGUGGAUCUGCCAAUCAAGUUUUUGGUAAGAAUUUGGAUCUUGAACCACCUACUAUUGUGCCGACACCGUAUGGUGGAAAGUUGAUUUGGAAAAUGCCAAUGGGAACCAAUCGAUUGAUAGCACAUAUAAAAGAUAAGGAUUUAAUUCGUCACCGAAAACGUUGGAGCCAGUGCAUGUACAUGUAUUAUCUAUUGGGUUAUCGUUUGGCUGCUCGAAAAGAUUUGGAUAUAAAACGAAGAAAAACCAUAAUGAACAAUACUUUUGUUUUGGCUUUGGAUGGUGAUAUUAAUUUUCGACCAGCAGCUGUUGAUCUGGUUGUUGAUCUAAUGAAAAAGAAUGAUAAUCUUGGUGCAGCUUGUGGAAGAAUUCAUCCGAUCGGAUCAGGUCCAAUUGUUUGGUAUCAAAAAUUCGAAUAUGCUAUGGGCCAUUGGUUGCAAAAAGCUACCGAACAUGUAAUCGGUUGUGUUCUAUGUUCUCCUGGUUGUUUUUCAUUAUUUCGUGCUCGUGCAUUGAUGGAUAAAUCUAUCAUGAAUAAAUAUACAACUAAACCAACACAAGCUCAACAUUAUGUCCAAUAUGAUCAAGGUGAAGAUCGAUGGCUUUGUACUCUAUUGUUACAACGUGGUUGGCGUAUUGAAUAUUGUGCUGCUUCCGAUUCAUAUACUCAUGCACCGGAAGGUUUUGCUGAAUUCUAUACACAACGUCGUCGAUGGGGUCCAUCAACUAUGGCCAAUAUUCUCGAUCUACUAGGCGAUUAUAAACAAACGGUCAAAGCAAAUGAUAACAUUUCAUAUUUGUAUAUUAUAUAUCAGGCAUUUUUGAUGCUCGGUACGAUAAUAUCACCUGGUACAAUUUUCUUAAUGGUUGUUUCAGCUAUGAAUACUGUAAUGGGAUUAACAACCGAAAUGUCACUCAUUUACAAUAUGAUACCAUUGUUAUUAUUUUUGUUUGUUUGUCUUCAAUUCGAAGACAAUAAUAUCAAGAUUUCAUUUGCAACGGUAUUAUCGGUGAUCUAUGCAUUGUUAAUGUUAGCUGUUUUGGUUGGCACUGGAAUCGAUAUGUACACGAAAGGUUUUUUCUCGCCAAAUUCACUUUUCUUCUCAGCUAUGAUGGGAAGUUUUAUUGUGGCUGCUGUAUUACAUCCACAAGAAUUUGCUUGCGUCAUUCCUUUACCUAUUUAUAUGCUAUUCAUACCGAGCAUGUACAUGUUGUUGACCAUCUAUUCUAUAACCAAUAUGAAUGUCGUUUCGUGGGGUACACGUGAAGUGAAAUCAAAAUUAUCAGCAAAAGAAUUGGCUAAACAAAAAGAAGAAGAAGAAGCCCGAGCAAAAGCUGCUGCUGCAGCUAAAAAGAAAGGCAAUUUUUUGAAUUUAGAUACAUUUGGAUCCAGCAAGAAUGGCCUAUUCACAUGUAUGUGUUGUUCCGGUACGAAUGAAUCAUCCGUCGAUGAAACAAUGGGUGUCGAUAUAAAAGAUAUAAAAUUACAUAUGAAAGAAAUGGCUAAAUUGAUCAGUAAAGAAUCCAAAUCAGAUCAUAAUUCAGAAAGGGAUGGUAAUGAUCAAAAUACUAAUGCGGAAAAUGAAAAUAAAAAUAGUGAAGGCGAACAACAUAACCAACAACAGCAACAAAAAUCGGAUAACAAUGAUAAACGACAAGGCGAUGCGAAUAAAAAUUCAUCUGGUGAACAUAUAUGUAGACGAUCGCCGCCAACAACUCGAAUUGGAAGUUUUCAAAAACCUCGAUGGGUACGAAGUAAUUCUCGACUAAAUUCAUGGCCUAUUCGAAAUAUACCUGGACGUGAGGAAGAAUUUUGGAAGAAAAUGAUCGCUAAAUAUCUUUAUCCAUUGGAUGAAGAUCUAAAGGAAAAAGAUCGUAUCAGUUCAGAAUUGGCCGAUCUUCGUAAUAAAUUUGUUUUUGCUUUCUCAUUUGUCAAUAUAAUUUUCAUUUUGUUUGUAUUCAUGUUACAAAUCCAUAAAGAUGUAUUCGGUAUCGAUGUACCAGUUGGAACGAAUGGAACUACGGAAAUUCGUAACGAAGAUGAAGAUCGUAUUGAACAUGUUAAUAAUAUUGUUUACACUCGAAUGGAUCCAAUCAAUUUGACUUUGGUUAUCUUUUUCGGUGCUAUUCUGAUCAUUCAAUGUAUUGGUAUGUUUAUACACCGUUUUGGAACUUUGGCACAUCUAUUGGCAUAUACGGAAAUUCGAGAAAAGAAAAAACAAAUUGAUUAUUCUUCAUUGGUUGCACAAUUAAUCAGAGAAAAAAGCCGAAGAAAUGGACGAAGAAGACGUCGAAGACAUUAUUUAAACAAAGUAAAGGAUAGAAUAUCCGAUUCUAAUUUGACCACCGAUGAUGAGGAAUAUAAAACCGAUGAUGAUGGUAAAGGUUCAAUGAAAUCAAGUGAUACUGAUGAUGUCAAACCCAGUGAAUAUGGUAAUGUUUUUGGUGAAGUGAUGCAAAAUCUUAAAUCUGAUCAAUCACGAAUUGAAAAAAUUCCAAAAAUGAUACGUAAAAAUACUAAACAUGCAAUCAGAAAACAUGAACAACAUUUACAACAAAUGCAAAAUAAAAUUCAUCGUGAUUCAAUACAUUCGGCAAUAUCGGCUUUUGGAUUAGAACGAGAUUCAAGCAAUGCUAGCUCUUAUGCCCAUCAUCGACGUUUGUUUCAUACGAAUUCAAAUCAAUCGGCUAUGUCACAACAGACAGUCAUUGAACAGCCAUCACAAUGGACAAAUAAUCGACCUAUGACCACAUUUUCUACCAAUCAAACGAAUGGAACAAUGACAAUGAAUUCUCCUACUAAUAUACGUAAUCGAACGGAUACAUUAACUAGUGAUGAAGAAAUCAGUCAACUAUAAAAAAAAAGAAAGAAAAUUUUCCGAAAUUUUUUGUUUUUUGUUUUGUUUAAUCAUUAUUUUCCCUAUAUUAGUUUGAAUUUCUAUAGAAAAAUGAAUAAAUAUUUUCCAAAAAAAAGUAUCAACAAAAUGAGAUCGACCUUUUUCUGAAUGUUUUCGGAAAUGGAUUUAAACAACGUAUAUAUGUAAGAUUUUUAGUUGACUAAGUGCAAACAAGGAU